GACUUUCCAGGACUCAAUAACAUCACACAACACCACAAGGUCGUGCCGGCAGCGGAGCCCGGGGGUGGUCUCCCCGUUGCUGCGAUGAAGCGGGCCGGCAUCCAUCCAUCGCACAGGUCGCCGACAAGUCAGCUGAGCCAAGUCCAUCGCUGACGGACACCGCACACAGGACACACGGCACCCCAGGAGUAAGGCGAAGGGGCUGGUGACGGCAGCAGUGGUGGCGACGCGCGGAACGUGCGCCAGCCAUGUCUCGGUGUCAUGCAUUGGAGGCGCGGCCGGCCGCCCUGAUCGCUCUUCAGCAAUAUGGCUCCUCCGGCUCCGGCUCCGACUCCGACGCAGACAUGGAGGUGGACGUGGAGCGCCUGGCCGAGAAGCGGCGCUCGCGCUCACCGGGCGUCGGCGCCGCCGCACCGCCGGCCAAGCGUCGGCAACCGCCGCUGCCGCUACCCGACGCCGUGCAGCAGAUGUUCGGUCCGGCGGAGCGACACGAAGACCGGCCUGAGGAGCACGGGGGCCGUAUGCGCGGUUUCGCUCACGUGCGGGGAAACUGGUCCACUUACGUGUUCAUCCCGUACGACGCGUCGCCCGUGUUCCACUCGCUGGUACAGACUUGCGUGACCAUUUGUGAACCUUUCGUGCGGCUGACCGUCCAGGAGGAGUUUCACGUCAGCCUCACGCGUACAGUGGUGCUCAAACACCACUGGAUGCAGUCCUUCAUGGCGUCCGUGAGGCAAGCACUGGAGUCAUACGGAAGCUUUCAGCUGGCGCUGGGCCCGGCCCGGGUGUACGUCAAUGACGAGGGCACGCGCACGUUCCUGGGCCUGACGGUGUCGGCCGGCGGCGUGGCCGUCGCCGGCGUCAGCCGCCGCCUGGACCGUUGCCUGGCCGAGUACGGACUGCCGCCCUUCUACCAGGAAGGCUCCUUCCACCUAUCCAUCGCGUGGUGUACGGGAGACCACAGUGCUGCCUUCCAGCGACUGCUGCCGGAGCUAGACAUGGCCGUGGCCGGCUACGCCAGUCAAACGCGGCUGUCCUGUGACGUCACGGAAGUGCACUGCCGCUACGGCAACCGGCGCUUCGAGGUGCCGCUUGGAGGGUGACCCACCGGGCCGGACGCAGCGAUCUU